GUGUCAGUCAUAUCCAAGCUACUCUCGCAGACAAAUAAAAUCUCGAGUCAUUAUUUUUUUUCGACCGGUACGCGUCGUCAAAGAAAAAUGGGUCUGCAGGCCAUGCAUCCUUAAAAAAAAACUAGUACGAGGCAGACGAACUGAGGAGCAUCGUGGGAAAUGCUUUCAAAAUGGCUUACGCCGCCCAACUGCAGAAACAGAACAGCUUCCAGGACGCCAUGAUCGCCUCACAUCAAGCUAGACGUCAGCCAGACACAGUCCUUUGGACAAAAGACCUGCGGCCCACCAAAGGCACAUCCUCAGCCACCUCAUCCCCUAAACACACCCCCCUAAAGAAACCGCUAACCCCUACGCAUCACUCAGCCAUGGAAAUCCAACUAGCCCCUUCCAACGCCGCCUCAAAUGAACGCCUUCCGCCUCCCUCUGCCCUGCCAGGCCUCAAACCUAAAUACAACGUGUUAGGAAGCCCCACCCACGUUGUCAGCCCCACCUACAACGGUCUUAGCUCCGCCCGCAACGCGCUAAGCCCCUCCCACAACCGGCAAGAAGGAGUGGCUACGGCACCGCCCUCGGUAAAAGGAGGGAGCACCGCGUCGCAGCUGUCAACGCCGUCUAGCGAGGAAAGCAACUCGCCUACCGAGUUGAAUUCGUACAAAAAGAUGAGUGAAAAGCCGCCGCUGAUCAAGAGGAUAGCCAUGGGAUUGACGGGGAAUAGCAACCAUAGCGACGAUGACAGUUAUCCGCUGGUCUGUGAUAGUGCUUCGAGUACGCCAGGAAGUCCGACAACAAGACCUUUGUCCGGUGGAUACGUCAACGAAACUGAAGAAUCAAAGAAUAAGUCAAAUAGCACAAUAGAUAGUCUGAAAAACGAAUUAGUAGAAAACCAUUCGAAUUUAACGAAAAACUUAGAAAUAAAUAAUACGCUGUUAACGCUCAAAAACGAAAGGGAGUUUAAAAUGAAGAGGAUAUCACAAAUUAGUUCCAGUAGCUCUAGUUCUGCACAGUCAGCGAACCAUCAAGAAUUCACCCCUACAAAUGCGAACGUGCCAUCAACGGGGGUAAUUCCUCCUCCCCCUCCUUUACCAGAACGUACGGAUUCCUUAAAUAACAAAGAAGAAGGGGAACUGAGGCUUGCACCUUGGUUUCAGGCGGGCAUACCGAGAGAAAUUGCCUUGGAAAUACUAGCCCAAGAGCCAGUGGGUUCCUUUAUGGUACGAGACAGUACGAGCAAACCUGGAUGUUUUGCCCUGAGCUUACGGGUUCCAAGAAGUUUUCAACCAACAGGGAUAGCACAUUAUCUCAUCAUCAGGGCUAACAAAGGAUAUAAAAUUAAGGGUUUCACAAAGGAGUUCACCUCGCUGACGUCACUGAUCAUCCACCACUCGGUGAUGCCCGAACUGUUGCCCUGUCCCCUCUCGCUGAGCAGGUACCAUCCCAACUGCACCAAAGCUGAUUCAAGGAGGGACUUUGCCGACAUAGACUUCGAUCCUGACUACAACUCGCUAGCCGAUUUCAGGAAAAUGAUGGCGGAUCUGAACGUAUAGUACUGAUAAGAAAUCCGCCGUUUGUGAUACAGAUGUUGGUGUAUUUUGAAAACAUGUACGACGAAAUUCGGGGAAGCAGUCAAGCUUUGAUUGCAAGAGCAAUUAACAGACAAAUUCUGUCAUUAAAAUACCCCAAAAAUACCCAUCGAUUUUUCCCCCAGAACAUUUUAUCCUCCACAAAUUCCCCAAGCGGCGUAAAAGUCCCCCAAUAUGGCAACCCUGGAUGAGGAUUAAAAUCAGCUUGGCUGGUUUUGGUAGGCGGCGAUCGUCAGAUUUUCCGCACUCAUGCCCUAACCUCAAUGACAAAGAAAUUUACAACAUGCUGUAUCUUGACGAAGAGUGAUUUUAAGGACCAUAUUUCGAUAUUUGUAGCAACUUUUAUAUGAUUUUCAAACGCACUUUCUGUCCUAUUUUUUUUUUAAUAAUCCUCUGCAUGUUUUCAAAAUAUGCCUCGAUACAUUUCUGAAAAUAAAAUCAUGUGAGAUCGGACUAUGCAAAAAGAAUUAUGUAUUUCGUGAAAGAAUAAAUACCUAGUCGUAUAGUGAAUAAAUUUAUAUGUCCAUUUUCGUGUUGAAUGGAUAAACGCAUAAUACGUUAUAUUCCUUGUGAUACCUAAUCCUAAAAAUAUGAUGGUGGAUAGAAUUUUGCCAGGAUUGACUUUUCGCAUUUUGUUCGGUUUGGUUUCGUACAUUCCCAAUUCAUCUUCUCACUCAGACUUUGUCGUCUGAAGUAAAAAAAAAUACAGUGAUGGUUAAAACAGGUAUGUGGACUACAAAGGCGAUUGUACGAAGUAGCACACAUCAGUUAUUCCUCGACACUUAUUGUACAGUUCACGACAGACUUAUAGUGUCUGUUUUUCCAUAUAGCGUUCAUCAGAAAUAGACCUUUCCCAUGUUCUUAGACUCAUCUAGAUAGCCCUGAUCGAUUUCCAACAAAUGGCAGUAAAAAAUAUCUACGCGUUGCCCGAUGAUUAUUUACCUAUACCAAGAUUUGAGGCUGAAAGGGUUCUUCAAAUAAAAUAUACGUUUAGUUUUCAAAUCCCUUCACUUAACAAAACUUCACCUUACCAGUCAGUGUCAAUUUCCCGCCAUGUCAUAUACGUCAUAAAUAGUUCUACAGAGUUGCCAAUGUUGCCAGAUCUAUUUAUCUUAUCUCCUGAUAAAGGCCUUGAUGUAAAGUAAGUUUCAUAAUUUUUGAGUUGAAUGAUGCGUGUAAACAAGAUUUUCAUGCUUUUUUUUCAUGCUAAAUUAAAUCAUUUUUAUUUAGUCAAAAAUUCGUGUAAUUAGAAAAUUAUAGUUAUAGUUAUUUAAAUCAUAACAAAAAUAAGUUAAAAUGGCUAUGGCUAUGAAAAAUACACAAAACUGCCAUUUGUUGGAUAUCUACUUAAUGUAUGAAAUAUUUUUGCUUACACGGUAGCGGUUUUGUAUGUAUUUUCAAUUCGCUAAUUUUAUAUUUCAGUGAUUUGUUGGACCAAUGAAAAGAAAACCUUGUUAUUGUAGCUGUUGUAAAUAAAUAUAAGGUACGAAUUAAAGUUUUUCAAGAGACCUAGUCCAUACACACAUGCAUAAUUGAAACGUCGUAACAUUUUUUCUAAUUGUGUAAAUAUUAUACAUACACGUGAAAUUUCCGAAAUUUCUAUACUUAUAUAUUUUUACGAAUAUAACUGUUAAAUCGUUUUAAUUCGAAUUUGUAACUUGUUAUCGUAAUAAAAGUGAUAAACCC